AAACCUUCCUCUCCACCAUCUCUGCCGCCAUUGUCUCUGUACACCUGCAUCAAACGCUUCACCUCAGCUUCAAGACGUCCAAACUCAGCGUACAAUAGUUCCAAUUCGCCACCUCCCGCGUUCUCCUCGUUUUUGUCCAAGAUGGUUUCUGCUUGUCUAUAAGCUCCUGGAUCUUCUCAUGCGCAGUCAACUUAUGCAUCCAACGCAUAAAGACGAGAUACACUGGCUGCUUUCCCUCCAGGAGCCAAAGCUGGCAGUAGACAAACGCACGCUUCUCCAACGUCAUUUCGUCCACAACAGUCUCAAUCUCACUGCCAUUAUGCCCACACAUGUUCUCCUCAUCCAACGGCAUGACUCCACGAACGUCGUAGGCGCCCCUUUGCGCCCUCAUCUUGGCUUUAAGCCACAGUAUGCAAGUUCUGGGUUGGAAGCCCACUUCAAUCAGGCCUCGCUCAAGACAGAGGGCAUGCCGUGCUCGAGGCCAGCCUUGGCCAGGUCCAUCACCAUGCGGGUCCAAGUCGGCAAAAAACCCCCAAGCCCCCACCCAGCCAUGUUACAUGUCUUCCAGAGGCCGUCAAGUGUGGCAGUCAGCGUAGCAGGAUUGUCGUCCUCAGAUGGCGUCCCCGAGACGACGAUAGAUGCCACUUUGUCUCGAUAAGGGUCUAGAGGAUGCAGUCCUUGAUGGCGCGACAGAAGACGAUCUUGGGAGGCUUGGUCCCUGGUUCGAGCGGGAACUGGUAGGA